AUGCACCUCUGCCUCCCCAAGGUCACCGCCGCCGCCACGUUGGAGCACGCCAGGAGACCCAACUCGGCACCGUGGCCGGCGCCCCUGCGAGAGAAGGAGGUUGCGGCGAGCAUGGGCAUCAGUCUCGGCCUGGCCGUGGCCUGCCUCGCGUGCGGCGCCGCCGUCUUCCUGCUGGUCGUCUGGAGGAUGAGGAGGGUCGGCCUGCUGCGCAAGGGAGAGAUGCCGUGGAUUCCGUUUGCGAGGCAGUCGCCUGCCGUGGUGCGAACGGACUCGGAGGUGGGAUGUGGACUCGGAGGUGGCAGGCCGGCGGUCUGGUGCUUGUCGGGGCCGUCAUGGGUCUCCGGGUUGCAUUCCGGUAAACGUGGUUGA